AGAAGGCACCAAACCACACGCAGAGAGAGCAAGCCGCACAGAGGACAGCACGUGUGCAACAUGUCCGCGACACACUUCAUCAGGGGCCCAGCCUAUGGCAUGUCAGCUGAAGUCAAGAAUAAGCUAGCGCAAAAAUACGAUCCCCAGAAGGAGCACGAACUGCGGCAAUGGAUUGAGGAGCUGACCGGGAAGCGCAUCGGGGACAACUUUAUGGAAAGUCUGAAAGAUGGAGUCAUCCUUUGCGACCUUAUUAACAAACUCCAACCUGGAUCUGUGAGGAAGGUGAACGAGUCCACACAGAACUGGCACCAGCUGGAGAACAUUGGCAACUUCAUUAAGGCAAUCACAAAAUAUGGAGUGAAGCCCCACGACAGCUUUGAAGCCAACGACCUUUUUGAGAACACAAACCACACCCAAGUCCAGUCUACUCUGAUUGCUCUGGCUAGCAUGGCCAAGACGAAAGGCAUCAAGGUGAACAUGGGCGUGAAAUACGCUGAGAAACAGCAGCGCAAAUUCCUGCCUGAAAAGCUGAAGGAAGGACGGAACAUCAUCGGGCUGCAGAUGGGCACCAACAAGUUUGCCAGCCAGCAGGGCAUGACAGCAUAUGGCACACGUCGGCACCUCUAUGACCCCAAGUUGGGCACAGACCAACCUUUAGAUCAAGCCACAAUCAGUCUACAGAUGGGAACCAACAAGGGGGCUAGCCAGGCGGGCAUGACGGCUCCUGGAACCAAGCGGCAGAUUUUUGAGCCCGCCCUGGGCAUGGAGCACUGCGACACCCAGAACAUCUCCCUGCAGAUGGGCAGCAACAAAGGGGCAUCGCAGCAGGGCAUGACUGUGUAUGGGCUGCCGCGGCAGGUCUACGACUCCAAGUACUGCCUCACACCCCACUAUGCCAUGAUCGGAGAGGAUGAGGACCAGUACAACCACAGCCAUCAUAACUUCUACAACUCAGAAUAGCCAGCAGGAAUCAUGGGACGGACAUAGAACAGAGACACCAGCACUUAAAAAAAGAAAAAGAAAAAAAAGGGGGGCACUUCCCAAACAGAAGAUCCACCAUCAGGUGGCUAUUUUCACCUGGGAAUAUAAGAAGAUCCAGACGGUUCCCCAAACUGCUAACCAGCUCACUAGAGACUCCUCAAACCAUGCCAAAUCCAAGUCUCCCCUCCAAGUCUCCACCACUGAGCCUUAAAAGCUUCACUUCGAUCCCUUUCACGCUUUAUUUAAUGUAUGACGUACUGCCACUACUUUUAAGCAUGCACUGAUGUGGCUCAAAGCCGCUAGGAUGGAAUGUUACAGUAAAAAAAUAAUAAUAAU